GCAACACCACUACCAACAACAAAUACAACACCAGUAGUAGUAGUGGCAAUAUCGGGCACUUUCUCCUUCUCCUCUGCCUUGUGACGUCACUAAGCUGCUGUUCUUCUCGACUACCUCUUGCUGCUGCAGCAGCCUCAUCACCCUCCUCACCCCUACGUGACGUCAGCAGCAGCAGCAGUGAUCAGCCGCAGUCGCAGCAGCAGCAGAUCGCAUGGCCGAAAGAGGUGAAGGUCGGAGUUGUACUUCCGCACGCCCAGUACGGCCUCAACUACAACUACGGGGAAUCCUACAUGGCGAUUUUCAUGGCGAUGGGGAAAGUGGAAAACAACCCACACCUCUUGCCGGGCGUCAAACUAGAGCUCAAAUCCUUCGACACGAAAUGCUCGGACCAGCAAGGACCCCUAACGGCCGCACACAUGUACUAUGACAGACUGGCGCACAUAUUUAUAGGUCCGUACUGUAUGUUCGUGGUUGCGCCCGUGGCUAGGUACAGCUCCAAAUGGGGGAUCCCCAUAGUGACGCCAGCCGCGCUGCUGGACGGAUUCACCAACAAAAUGCAGUUCAAGACCCUCACGCGCGUGCAGGGCAGCUACCAGAAGGCGAGGGAGUUCCUCGGAGCGAUCAUGACCAAGUUUGAGUUCCGCCACACGGGGCUGUUGUUCCAUAAAGUAGAGAAACCGCCCGACGUGGUGACACCUGGCGAGAACUAUUGCUUCUUUGUCAUGCGCAGUUUUUUCCAAAUGAUGACGGUGCGCGGGGUGAUGCCCAUGCACAAAAGCUUCAAUCAGGAGCACGAGACGGACUACGGCGCGGUCCUCCAGGAGGUGGCUAAACAGUCCCGGAGUGAGUAGAAAACACAACUACCUCCUUCCCAAAAAAAAAAAAAAUGGACUCAGGAGAAGAGAAUUUGGCCAGGGGGAAGGAAGAAACCCUCCAGGUUAUUUUGGUUUUGGUUGUUUUGGGGGUUGUUUGGUUUGGUUUUCGAAAUAAAAAGAAAAAGAAAAACAUUAGGGGAAAGCGAAUGAUUUGGGGGGAAAAUUGAACGUGAGCUUUAUAAAAACCACAAAACAACAACAACAACAACAACAAAAA